GUGAAUGGUUAUCAAAGCUUUCCAGUAAAUCGAAAACCAGGUUUAGCUAUGAAACUUUAUCUGCUAACCAUUAUUGCCGUGUUGGUCCUUUUGGUCCUUCCACCGCCCGCAAAUGCGCAAGGAGAAGGGGAGAGUACCAGCGAGGAACCACCACCGUCAAAUUCUACAAUUCCUCCAGGUCCUCCAGGCCCUCCAGGUCCUCCAGGCCCUCCAGGUCCUCCAGGCCCUCCAAGUCCUCCAGGCCCUCCAAGAGCUCCAGGCCCUCGACCAGGCGCUUAAUUCUUAUGUCCAACAGCUAGACUAUCCAGAUUUGUUGAAAACGAAAAUGAAGCACAAAUACCAAUAUCUCGCAACUCCUUGUUCCCACUUUCUUCUGUUGACUCUGAUGACGAUGUUAGCCCACGUGUGCAGGAUGAAGAUGUCAAGGCGCCACUUGUAAGAGAGCCACGUGGUGCUUCCAUUGAUUCAUAAGUUAACUGGUAACCAAAUUCACCUUUAUUUAAUAGUUUAUUGUAAUUGGUUU